UCGGCACAUGUGUUUUUGUGCGUUUGACAGAGGAUUUGCCUGGUGUGACACAAUUUCACAAAUGUGUUAAUGCACAUCAAUAAUGUUCCCCUCAUUAAGCUGCCACAUAAAACUCUGACUUGUUAUCGUGAAGCUGAAAAGGUGCCCCCCAUAUUUGCUUUGCCAGGCGAAAUACCACGAGGACUUUGAGCGGACUAGGGGCCGAGGCUGCACCCCAGUGAUGGAGGACCAAAGCAUGGAGAGAAUGCACCACCGGAACAAGCUGAUGAUGAGCGAGGCAGCCUACAAGGGAGUGCACCCACAGGUGGUGGAGAUGGACAGGAGACCUGGAGGCAUCAUCGUAGCUCCUGUGCUACCUGGGGCGUACCAUCAGAGUGCUCAGCAGCAGCAGCAUGGGUAUGGCUACAUGCACCAGACCAGCAUGUCCUCUGUGAGGUCUGUGCAGUCCCCUCCAUCUGUCACCAUGAGAGUGUACCGGGCGCUGUACGACUACUCAGCGCAGGACCACGACGAGGUGUCCUUCCGCGACGGUGAUGUCAUCGUCAACGCUCAGCCCAUCGACGAGGGCUGGAUGUACGGCACCGUGCAGAGGACCGGCAAAUCAGGCAUGCUCCCCGCCAACUACGUGGAGUGCUUCAACUAAGGGAUUCAUCUCAAUAGUCUCCAAGUGGUUUUCUUUCCUCUCCCCUUGUCUCCUCUCCUCCAUCUGCAAUGAUUGAAUAGGUGGAAGGGAUACGGUGGAUUGGAUGCCUACUGGGAAAUUGACUUUCACCAGUCCAGUUCUUUUCAUGUCAGUACAGAUGAAGGAGAGGAGAUGAGGAAAGGAGGCUACUCUAGAUUAUUGAGAUACACCCAAGGGCUAGCCUUACCAUGGUGUAGGCAGAGUCCAUUCCGCAAGUGUCUGUUUUAAGCUUGGUCCGGGAGAGCUGCAUCAGUAAGAUACAUGAAUUGAAUGAGUUGUUCAAUUUACCUUGUCUAGACUACAGGCACCAACUAUCAUAGCCACACUAUCCGCUGAAAAUUAUGUUUAAAGUAAUCCUGUAAUACGUUUUGCUUUUGGUUUCAUUUAAGGCAUUGGUGGCUUGCCCCACGUGAUCAGAGUUCAUGAAAAUUGUUUAUAUAAUUCAAUCAGAGAAUUGCAACCCUCAAAUAGACAACAUUAGCAGACAAAAAUACAUAUUCAAUGGAAUGCAGUCGAAAACAUGUUUCACACAAUAGAAAGCACAUUUGAAUUUGUUAGGCAGUGCAGUUUCUUUUCGUUUCACACAGGUAACAGUGUUGUGUUGACUUCAUGAUUCCAAAAGUGCAGUUUUGCAGCACAACAACAAUAAUGUUUUCGACUUGUCCUGGAAAAGUGCUUUGCGGGUUUGCUUGAAUAGAGCCCAACAUAGUCCUCCAGGACCAGAAUAGGGCCUUCUAAUACUCCUUUGUAUUUCAUUUCUAUUAUUAUGUUUCACUUUUAGACAUCCACACUAACUGAGUUUUAUGUACAAAGGAGGGAAGGGGAGAGGGAGUUGAGGAGAAAUCUAUGUUUCAAUAAAAUCCUGACAGUGAUUGCCAGAAAGUUAGCUGUUUAGCUUUUGUUAUCUCAUUAACACUUUGCUUCGUACUGUUUCUGUCUGAUGACAUAAGGGCUUGGUUUAAACCAGCUCCACAAGUAAAUAUAGUUGAUACAAUCUAUAGUCAACAAGUCACACAAUCUCACCUCUUUCUGUGAGGUUUUUAGUGGGUUAUUUACAUGUCAUGUACCAGUUAAGCCUCACACAGGCUUUGAUUAGAUUAUGUCCACAUAACUUAGAGCUAACUGGCAACAUGGUUGUCAUAUUUCGCUAUGUACACAGUUUCAAGUAACAACCAAUAACGGUGUAUGAAGUUGGAUUGCAAUCUUGACAUUUCUGAACUAUUGUGAACAGUAUUGUGAUGUAUAAGCUUCUAUAAAGUAUACAAUGAUCCUAUUUUACUCUUCAAGAUUGCAGACACUAAUGACAGUGCAUGUAUUGGUGCAUGUUAUAAAUGGUUUAUACUGUAAUAUCUUGAGGGGUGCAAAGAUUAUUGAAUACUAGGCCUACUGUGGCCAUUCAAUGACAUAGUUUCUGGAUACAUGGUAGCUGGGGAUCUCUUUAACAUGUUAUUGUAGAUUACAUGCUAUCAUGGAAUGUGGUAGCUAAUAAACAGAAAUGGCUAAGUUAUAAAAUGGUAAUAUUUAUUGGCCUUGAGAAAAUAAUGGGACAGCAAGAAACAUCAUAGAUUUUUUUUGUCCAGUGGUUUAUUGCUUUGAGUAGUUCCAUUUUGAAAUGUCUCUGUAAAAGAACAUGUUUUACUCAUUUUAUACACCAUCACUGAGUUUUAGUGAGAUGCCACUUUUUCCUGAGUUAACCAUUUGUUUUAUUUUUUUGUCAUUAACUGCAGUGUCACGUGUUAAAAAUAAAAAUGCUUUGUCAACAA